CCACACCCGAAGAGCUGUCUACCUAAUUUAACAGACAAAAAUCCAUCAUUCAUCCAUCCGUGAUAUUAGAAACUGGACAUGCUUCUCUCGCCUUUGACUUUCUACAACAUGCGCAACCUAAUUGUGACAGCAGGUCUCUGCUUGAUCUUAACCAGCUUGGCUUCCUCCUCCAGGCUGGUAUGUUACUAUAACAGCUUGGCUGAAAACAGAGCAGAAGAUGGGAAGUUCACAAUUUCUGAUAUUGAUCCGAACAAAUGUACCCAUCUGGUCUACGCCUUUUCUGACAUUAAUGUCAAUGAGCUGGUCCCUAAAAGCACAGCUGACCAACAACGCUACUUGUUAUUCAAUGGACUCAAAUUCAGAAAUCCACAACUCAAAACCCUGUUAGCAGUUGGUGGCAUAACCUUUAAUGAACAAAAAUUCAGUACGAUGGUGUCAACACAACAAUACAGAACAACCUUCAUCCAGUCUGCGAUCACACUACUGAGGUUCUAUGGGUUUGAUGGGCUCAACCUGGACUGGAGGUUCCCUGUAACAACAGGAAGUCAACCAGACAACAAGCAGAAAUUUACACUGUUGUGCCAGGAGCUCAAAGAUGCCUUUGUAGCUGAAAUGACAAACACUCAGCGUGACAGAUUAAUCAUCACGGCUAGUGUCUCUGCUGAAAAGGAAGUCAUCGAUGCCAGUUACGAAGUCGCACAGAUUGCAGCGAGCCUGGACUUCAUUAAUGUGCUGACAUUUGACUUUCGUGGCCCUUGGGAAAAUGCCACGGGACAUCACAGCCCCUUAUACCUGGGAUCCCAAGAUACUGGAGACAAGAUCUACUUUAAUACUGACUCUGCCAUGCAGCACUGGUUGGACCAGGGAGCACCUGCACAGUUGCUAAACUUGGGACUAGCGGCCUAUGGGCGAGCCUUUACCCUCUCCACUGCAGCCAGUGGUGUUGGAGCACCAGCCAGUGGCACCGGUGAAGAAGGCUGCUACACUGGUGAAGAAGGAUUCUGGGCCGUUUAUGAGACUUGCCUUUACACUGAAGGGGCUACUGUCCACCUGAUAACUGAUCAGAAAGUUCCAUAUGCCAUCACAGAAAACCAGUGGGUUGGAUUCGAUAACAAGGACAGCCUUAGUACAAAGGUAACUAUCUGAAUUCAAUUUCAGUAACAACUUUGCAAGUAAGUGACUGUAGAAAAAUCCAUUUAGACAGUUUGACUUCCGCUGCUGAAGUGUUGUCCUCUUCAUUGUCUCAGGUCAGUUACCUAAAUGCAAAUAACUU